AUGCGGCACACCUGGACCUCCAUCGAGGGCCACAGCUGCGGGAGGUUCAAGGACGAGAUGGACGUGCGCAUGGGCGAGGCCGCGCGCAACCACAAGCGCUAUAUGUUCUACUUUGAGCGCUUCAAGAACCACGCGGACAGCAUCAAGAAGGAGAGGGCCAACAGGGCCAAGCUCAUGGCGCGCAUCACGCGCAGCGAGCACGACGGCGUCGAGGCGCGCGACUUCAGCUGGCUGGUGGGGGCGCUGGACCAGCUGCGUACGGCGCGCCGCGUGCUCUGCAACAGCUACGCCUUUGCCUACUUCUUCUUCGGCGGCUCCAUGUUCGCGGAAGACUUCACCCCCCAGCAGAACAAGAUCAACCAGGACCUGUUUGAGGACAACCAGGAGAUGCUGGCGGCAGAGGUGGAGCGCCUGUCUGGCCUGGCCGACAAGGCGGCCGAGACGCUGUCCCUCGACUCAGAGCUGCGCCUCAACACCAUCAACUCCAGCAGCAACGUGCACACCCGCAUCUCAAACUUCUUCUCUCUCAUAGAGUCAGAUCUGCUGGCCAAGGUCUCAUCGCUGGGGGCACAGAUUGCAGUGCCCGUGGCGUGA